UUCGUCAAAUAGCAAUCAUCAUUCAUCUAUUCAUCAUUAGUAAUUCUUCUGCUAGGACCUCUAAGAAAUAUGUCGAAAAACAAAUUAAACUUGACCCUUCCUCCUGGUGUGGCUGACAACCAACAGCCUGUAUCACCAUCUGCACCAUUAUCGGCAGCAUCAGACGCAGGAUGCGACAAGUUAAGUGUAGCAAGUUUACAAGAACAGUUGGACCGAGUUGGAAUGGAUGACGAACAACGAAAACGAAUGGAAUUAUUUUUAUGUCAAAAAGAAAAGAUAGGAGGUGAACUUAGUGAUGCAGACUUUGAGAAAAUGAAAGAUGGUGAACUAGGCGCUGGCAAUGGUGGAGUAGUCAUGAAAGUCAAACACAAGUCUAGUGGACUCAUUAUGGCCAGAAAACUCAUACACUUAGAAGUAAAGCCUGCAAUAAAAAAACAAAUUAUUCGGGAACUUAAAAUUUUGCACGAAUGUAACCACGCACAUAUAGUUGGUUUUUAUGGAGCUUUUUACAGUGAUGGUGAAAUUAGUAUUUGUAUGGAAUACAUGGACGGUGGUUCCCUUGAUCUCAUAUUGCAAAAAACUCGAAUUCCUGAGCCAAUGCUUGGAACUAUAACUGCUGCUGUUGUCAAAGGUCUGAUUUAUCUACGAGAACAACAUUCAAUUAUUCAUCGAGAUGUCAAACCCAGUAACAUUUUGGUAAAUAGUGCAGGAGAAAUUAAGAUAUGUGAUUUUGGUGUGUCUGGACAAUUGAUAGACUCCAUGGCUAACUCAUUUGUUGGUACUAGAUCAUAUAUGUCUCCUGAACGACUACAAGGUACACAAUAUACAUUACAAAGUGAUAUAUGGUCCUUGGGAUUAUCUUUGGUUGAAAUGGCCAUUGGAAUGUAUCCCAUACCUGCACCUGAUGCUAAAACUUUAGCAUCAAUAUUUGGACCUAGAUCUCAGACGACUGAAACAAUAGAAAACAUUGAAGGUGAUGUCUUCGCAAACGGAAAUGGACCAAGGCCAAUGGCUAUAUUCGAACUACUUGAUUACAUAGUUAAUGAACCACCUCCAACAUUACCAGCCGGUAUAUUCUCUGAUGCUUUCAAAGAUUUUGUAGACAGAUGCUUAAAAAAAAAUCCUAAUGAGAGAGGAGAUUUCAAAAUGCUUAUGGAUCACCAAUGGAUAAAGAAGGCAGAAAGUGAACCAGUUGACAUCGCUGGAUGGGUUUGUAAGAUAAAAGGUUUAACUCCAACUACUCCAACCAGAAUGGCUUCGAAUUCAGCCUCAUGAGUCUGCUCACUGCUCCUAAUACAAAGGCUCACUGCUGUGGACUCCUAUUUAGACAGAAAUGUCUAGAGGUGUGCCCCUCCCAAGCUUAAUAUAAUAUAAUUGCUUUUGCCAAGAAAUUGUUUUGAUUGUGUUUAUGUAGCCUUUGAUAGGGUGGUAAUUAUAAACUAUAUAAUUAUUAUUAGGAAAUUAAAUGUAAUUUUAUAAUAUAUUAGGGAUAAUUUAUAAUUAAUAAUCCCAAGGGUGUUUUUUUUAUAAACUUUUCUACGUGUAUUGUGUGAUAAAAGCAUUAAUUUCUAUUUACAUUGUUAAAUUGUAUUAGUUUGUUGUGUUUUUUAACUUUAUGGCCUACUUGCCUGCUUCUAUUCACAGGCUUAAGUUGGGUUAUGAUAGGCAUAAUAUACAUUUUUGUCUUGGAGUUAACACUUAUCAAGUUUAAAAUAUUAGUAGUACAUAUAAUUAUUGAGCAAAUAAAUAAUUAAAUUAUAUUUAAUCAAGUUA